AUGGAGCUGAAUGAUGAGCUGCUGCACAUUCCUCCACUGACAGGUGUUUACUGUAACGGGGUUUUCGAUCUUUACGCCUGCUGGCCGUUCUCCCCUCCCGGCAAUGUGUCCGUGGCCUGUCCGUGGUAUCUGCCGAAGAAGGACAGAGGGAGCGGCGGCUUCGCGCACAGGCUCUGCACCGACAAUGGGACUUGGCAGACGGAUGGGAACAGAUCUGAGAUUUGGCGCGAUGUGUCGGAAUGCCCGUCUCUAAUUACUGAGCUGCAUGUUGGGCGGGAUCACUCUCAGGUUGGGCGGGAUCGCUCUCAGGUUGGGCGGGAUCGCUCUCAGGUUGGGCGGGAUCGCUCUCAGGUUGGGCGGGAUCGCUCUCAGGUUGGGCGGGAUCGCUCUCAGGUUGGGCGGGAUCGCUCUCAGGUUGGGCGGGAUCGCUCUCAGGUUGGGCGGGAUCGCUCUCAGGUUGGGCGGGAUCGCUCUCAGGUUGGGCGGGAUCGCUCUCAGGUUGGGCGGGAUCGCUCUCAGGUUGGGCGGGAUCGCUCUCAGCCGAUGCCGACGCCCUUCCUGAAAAUAUGUUACACUAUCGGCUAUUCCAUCUCCCUGGGGACCCUCCUGGUGGCUCUCUGCAUCCUCCUCGCCUUCCGGAAACUUCACUGUAUGAGAAACUUCAUCCACAUCAACCUCUUCACGUCGUUCAUUCUGCGCGCGAUCGCCGUCCUGGUAAAAGACACGGUGGAGAACGCAAGCCUAAUGGAGCCGACUCCCACUGACGAGGAGGGCUGGAGGUCCAAACAUUGUUUUCAGGUUCCCUCCUCGUGUCGGGUGGUGUACGUGGCUCUGCAUUACUUUAUUGGUGCCAAUUUUUUCUGGCUGCUGGUGGAAGGGAUCUACCUGUACACCACCAUCGUCACCGUGCUUCUGUCCGAGCGGAGGAUGCUGAUCAGAUAUAUCGCCAUCGGCUGGUCGUGCCCCCUCCUGUUCAUCGUACCGUGGGCGAUUGCAAGAUUGUAUCUAGAAAAUGACACGUGCUGGAAGACCAAUAGCAGUACAGGGAUCUGGUAUAUUAUAAAGGGGCCGAUGCUUCUCUGUGUGUUUGUAAACUUCAUCGUGCACAUCCGGAUAUUACAUCUUCUGCGUCUGAAGCUGAAAGCCCAGCAGAUGAAGUUCACCGAUUACAAGUACCGGUUCGCCAAAGCGACUCUGAUUCUCAUCCCUCUGCUGGGGACACACGAAGUCUUCUUCACCUUUGUCAGCGAUGAACACAUAAAAGGGCUCACCAAAGACAUCCUGCUCUUCAUCCAGCUGACUCUCAGCUCCUUCCAGGGCUUCGUGGUCGCCUAUUUAUAUUGUUUCACCAACGGGGAGGUUAAAGCAGAGCUCCGGAAACAAUGGAACCUCUUCCUGCUCCAGUAUUUUCCGUGCAGAAGCUGCGUCUUCCGAGGUCAAGUCAAACAUAAAACCCAAAGCGCUAAAAAAAACAAAAACGCGUUAUUCUCACACGAUGGGAUCUACCCGAAUGGAAAGAAGAAGCGCGAGGUGCACCUGCUUCCGCCCCCCGGAAUCCUGACCUCUGACCUGGACCCCCAGCACAGCGCCGCCCUGCAGUACUUCGCCAGGGGAAGCGUUUCCGAGAGCAGCGAUGGCGGCCUAACGAUGGGCGAGACGAUUGAGGAGACGGUGGAGGAAAGUGAGAUCUGUUAG